AUGGAGAGGGUCGCGCAGGAAAGCCGAGACCCUGCCAUUAGGGACCGGGAAAGGGGUGCCCAGAGCGGCACCUCCAGGACAGAGGUCAUGGAGCCCCUGCAGGGGUGGAGCCGAGCCCCAAGGCGACCUGGGGUGCGCGCCCCCGGCUCCGCGCGAGGAGCACCGGCGGGAUCCUGCGGCCGGGCCCGGUGUCCCGCUUCCCCGCCCCCUCCCGUGGAUCCCGGGCGGCGGCGGCUGCAGCGGCGCGUCCCGGCUGGAGGGGGCGCUCGCGCUCAGGAGCGGGGCGCAGCAGGUGCCGCGGUUACCUCCACCUCGGCGGGGGAGAGGGCGGGCCGGGCGCGGGGAGGAGGCGGAGGGAGGCCGCGAGGAGGCGGAGGCCAGGAGCGGCAGAAGGCGCCCGGCUGCUCGCUAGCCCGAGAGCGCGGCGGCUCUGCGGCUGAGUCCCGGGAUCGCGGCUGCCGGGAGGCUCCCGAAGUCCGGCGGUCACAGCCCGGCACCGGGGACCGCGCUGCCAUCUGCGGGGCCGCGGGCGAGGACGCGGUGGCGCGCGGCGCCGACUCCUCCUCCUCGUCCCGGCGCGCGAGGCGGAGAGAGGCGGGCUCGCCGCCCGCGGCCGAGGAGAACGGCUCCCUGCCGCCCGGGGACGCGGCCGCCUCGGCACCCCUCGGGGGGCGCGCGGAGAUCCAGCCGCUGCCCCCGCUGCCUCCCGGCGGCGGCGGCGCGCACUCGGGCUGCUGUGCGCCCGCGGCCGCCCCGAGCCUCCUGUUGCUGGACUACGACGGGUCGGUGCUGCCCUUCCUCGGGGGCCUGGGCGGGGGCUACCAGCGCAUCCUCGUGCUGCUCACCUGGGUCCCCGCUCUGUUCAUCGGCUUCAGCCAGUUCUCGGACUCCUUCCUCCUGGACCAGCCCAACUUCUGGUGCCGCGGGGCCGGCAAAGGCUCCGAGCUGGCGGGGGCCACCGUGACCGGCCGGUGGGGCGACCUGGGCAACGGGACCAGCCCCCCGCCCACCCCCUUCUCCACUGCCGCCUGGGCGGCCGCUGCCAACGGAAGCAACAGCAGCGGCGCGGCCGGGGGCGACACGCCACCCCUCCCGUCCCCUCCGGACAAGGGCGACAACGCCUCCAACUGCGACUGCCACGCGUGGGACUACGGCAUCCGCACCGGCCUCGUCCAGAACGUGGUCACCAAGUGGGAUCUUGUGUGUGACAAUGCCUGGAAGGUGCAUAUCGCUAAGUUCUCCUUGCUGGUUGGAUUAAUCUUUGGCUACCUAAUAACUGGAUGCAUUGCUGACUGGGUUGGCCGUCGGCCUGUGCUGCUGUUUUCUGUCAUCUUCAUUCUGAUCUUCGGCCUGACCGUGGCGCUCUCAGUGAAUGUGACAAUGUUCAGCACACUCAGGUUCUUUGAAGGAUUUUGCCUGGCUGGAAUAAUUCUCACCUUGUAUGCAAUACGAAUAGAGCUGUGUCCGCCCGGGAAACGGUUCAUGAUCACGAUGGUGGCGAGCUUUGUGGCCAUGGCGGGCCAGUUCCUCAUGCCCGGGCUGGCCGCCCUGUGCCGGGACUGGCAGGUGCUGCAGGCCCUCAUCAUCUGCCCCUUCCUCCUCAUGCUGCUCUACUGGUCGAUAUUCCCUGAGUCCCUCCGGUGGCUGAUGGCGACCCAGCAGUUUGAGGCCUCGAAGAAGCUGAUCCUGCACUUCAUACAGAAGAACUGCAUAAGUCCGGAGAGCGACAUCAAGGGCGUGAUGCCAGAGCUGGAGAAGGAGCUCUCCCGGAGGCCCAAGAAGGUGUGCAUCGUGAAGGUGGUGGGAACCCGGAACCUGUGGAAGAACAUCGUGGUCCUGUGCGUGAACUCGCUGACAGGGUUCGGGAUCCACCACUGCUUUGCAAGGAGCAUGAUGGGCCACGAGGUGAAGGUGCCACCGCUGGAGAACUUCUAUGCCGACUACUACACCAUGGCCAGCAUCACACUGGCAUCCUGCCUGGCCAUGUGCGUGGUGGUCAGGUUCCUGGGGCGCAGGGGUGGGCUGCUGCUCUUCAUGAUCCUCACCGCCCUGGCCUCCCUGCUGCAGCUCGGACUCCUCAACUUGAUUGGAAAAUACAGCCAGCACCCAGACUCAGAACUGCAGCUGAAGUUGGCCGUAGGGAUGAGCGACAGCGUGAAGGACAAGUUCUCCAUCUCCUUCUCCAUCGUGGGCAUGUUCGCCUCCCAUGCCGUCGGGAGCCUCAGCGUGUUCUUCUGUGUGGAGGUCACCCCCACGGUGAUAAGGUGCGGCGGGCUGGGGCUGGUGCUGGCCAGCGCGGGCUUCGGCAUGCUGACAGCACCCAUCAUCGAGCUGCACAACCAGAAAGGCUACUUCCUGCACCACAUCAUCUUCGCCUGCUGCACGCUCAUCUGCAUCAUCUGCAUCCUCCUGCUGCCCGAGAGCAGGGACCAGAACCUGCCCGAGAACAUCUCCAACGGGGAGCACUACACGAGGCAGCCGCUGCUGCCGCACAAGAAGGGUGAGCAGCCGCUCCUGCUCACCAACGCCGAGCUCAAGGACUACUCAGGCCUGCACGACGCGGCCACUGCCAGUGACGGGCUGCCCGAGGGCGCCACAGCCAACGGCAUGAAGUCCAUGUAGCCUUCGAGCGGCUGUCCCUCGGGCCCUCGUGGGCUCCGGGCACUGGGGGUUCUGGCACGGGUUCACAGACCGGGGAGUGGACGCCUGGCCAGGUCGCAGAGUCAGCAACGCUGCCACAUUGCCCAGCCGCAAGGUUUUCAGCUGGUGUCAGGGAAUCCUGUCUUUCCAGAAGUCCAAGGAACGGGUUGGAGGAACAGACUCUUCAGAAAUAACCCUUCACAGACUUUCUUUUCUGCCAUUAAAUGUUUAUAUUUAUUUUGGUCAUUUUUACGAGAAGCACUUUAUCCCCUCUCCUCUCACUGAUCAUGAAAUGGAACCACCGCCUUCGCCAGCCAGCGAGGCAGCUCACCCCAAGGUCACCCCAGGACCCAAUGAGUGGCUGACGCUUCAGGGGCCUCCGCGGCCCCCUGUGGACAGCGUGACACCCUCAUGGAGCCUCCCAGGCCUGGAUUCCAGACAGUGACGCGCACACGAAUUCGGUCUUUGCUAGAGGCUGUGUGUGGUUUUUAAAGUCUACUUUUCCCCUUCCGUGUGUAAGGUAAGAGCUUCCGUCCCAUGUGCUGGGGGAAAGCGGCUCCCAGACGCCACCAAAGCCAGCUUAGCCUUUCUCUCUUCAGGGUCGUCCUCUGUACUUGAUGCUGGAAGCUCUUUGAGGGAAACUCCGACUGCACCAGAAAUUGUAACUGAUCAGCGAUGAACUGCCGGCUCUCUGAUGCCUGGUUUGCUUAGCUGCUGCCCAGCUAGCAGGCGCGUAGAGGUCUGGGACUUGUUCGUUUUUAUUAAAGCUCCUCCCCAGAUUUAGCUCCCACAGAGAAAUUCCCCUUUUCCAGUCCGCUUUGUUGCCAGCACUACUUGAAAACCAUGGCUACUUUCUGAACUAAAACACUAGGAACCUAACUGACAAAGUCGACUGAGGCAGAUCCCGGGAGGGAGGGCGGCUCUCCCUGCACGGUCACCACAGCUCAAGCACACACCCGACGCCAGCUCCGCUGUCACUCACGUGCCCAGGGCACCCUCGGAGGCAGCGAUCCCGGUGGGGCGCAGGCCGGGGUGCGGCCCCUCAAGGGAGAGUCGGAGUGGCCACAGCAGGAUGAACCAAGAGAAGCAAUAACUCACCAAAGCUCAGCGCCGCCUGCCAGGCUUCGAGGUUCUCGCCGUGCGCCUCAUCUGGCCUGGGGAGGUUUCCUCCCCGCGUCUGCAGAGGACACUGAGAAGCCAACCUCCCCAGCGCAGGCAGGCGGCUCUGCAGCGGCUCAGGCCCUGCUCGCCGGGCUUCUUGCUGGAGCCGCCCGCCACACCCCUGGCCAUGCGCACAGCGCCGGGCUGUGUUCUUCCGGGCUGUGUUCUUCCGGGCUGUGUUCUUCCGGGCUGUGUUCUUCCCAGGACAGUCGCUCCUCUUGGAAAGGGCCAGAGCGGUUGUUUCUGCUGCUGUUUCUCCCGGUCCCGGCCUCCUCCCGGAGCCUGCUGCCUGGCCCGUGGGGAGUGACAGCCCUCGCCGUGUUCCGGUCACAGACGCCUGGGGCCUCCAGGGCCUCGCUCAGCCCGGACUGUGGCCGUCCCCCACCCACCUGCUCCAAGUCUGGCUCGGCCGGGCCUCCCAGUCUCUCCUCGCUCCAUGUUUCCUGUUAGUCCAGUUCACCUUUCCAAAGCCCUUUCCUCACAUCCGUGCAGCCUUUGCGUGCCAAACUUGUGAAAUACCUCUCACCCUUCCCAGGGCACUAGCAGCAAACCCUGCUGAGGAUGGGCUGGGACACUGCAGAAGCUGUGAGCAGUCUCGGGCCGUGCAGCCUUUUCAAAGAAGCCUGGAAGCUGCCUCGUGCUGCUGAAAGCACUGGGAGGGUGGAGUCCAAACUUCUGUCCCGCGUCUCUGCUCUCCGUUGGGGAAGGAUGAUAAAACCUUGGGCCUACAGAGCUCCCUGCUUCAGCAGUUAGGUCUGAGCCACUGUAACCAGAGGAGACGCUGCUUUAAGGCGCAGGCUCCGGACCGAAGUCGAGCAGUGCUGGGGUGGGGGGCUGGCCCGCCGCAGGGCCCUGCUGGCAGCAGAGGGUCCCUGAACCUCCAGUGAGGCGCAGAGGGAUUGCUUCCCGGGCAGAGCCCAGAGAUGGGUGCCAGGCAGAGGCAGCAGCUUCCCAGGGCUGACACGCGCCUGAUAGUCCUCGGGUUUGCGGCCUCAGCCCUGGCCCCCAGCACCAGGCUGCCAGGGUUCUGUCUAGCAGUGGCUGAGACGCCUCUCAGGCUCUUGCCCGUGGUCUCCGGCCACCCACCCAGGUCUGGACUCCCUGCAGCCCUCCCCACCCACCCCUGCGCCCUUGUCCACCUUUUUGAUAAAAGUUAGGCACAAAUGUGAGCACGUGAGACGGGACUGAGUAUUUCUUCAUUCUGUUCUUUUCCAGAAGUCAGUAAUAAUUCUUAUCAAAUAUCCCAAUCAGCACCCAAGGCAAAUAGGAGAAAAAGUCUUACGUGUGCUUGUUUUCUCAGACCCUCAUCGCUUCCAACUGGAGGACAGGACUGGUAAGUUGGGUUGGCCACAGAACGCAAAAGCAAGCGGAAACAGACCCGGUAAUGGAAGUAGCGCAGACACAACCACUUCCCAGACCCAAACCGGAACCCCUGAACUGGAAGUGCCGUCCGGUGAUGUGCGGCCGCCACCUCGCCCAGCCCCAGGGUGGAGGGUGGGCUGGGGGCCCAGUGCCAGCCCUCUCCUUGUUUCGAAGGACACCACCUCACUGUAGUGUACCGUGUGUGUGAGAAGCAGCGGUGUGUUGUGUCUAGUGAGGAACGCAUCCCUACCUCUGUCCUUUCCACAAGCCGGCCGUGUGGGGCUGGAACCUAGGAACCCUGUGACUGUCCAUGCCGACGGGGUCCCUCUGGCUGUACUCGUUCAUAGCACAAGCUCACACUGAGUUCUGAAGUGUCAUGCACAGCUACGUGUCUGCAUGGUGUCGCAUCUGUUGUACCUUUGGGGAAAAUUUGUAUGUAAAUGUACAGAAAUAAAAAUGUUGCCCCAUGAACAGAUUUCCUCUGGAAUGUCUUCCCUACCUCACCUGAGGGCAUCCAACGAAGGGCAUUUCACAACCAUUGCCGACGAGUAAUAAAAACCCUGUUGAUUCAGA